AAUGAUAACAUCAUGUUGGUUGGUGAUGGGUUGAGAAACACCGUAAUCACGAGUGCCAGAAGCGUUCAAGCAGGUUAUACAACUUAUAGCUCUGCAACAGCUGGCAUUGAUGGCCUCCAUUUCAUUGCAAGGGACAUCACCUUCCAAAACACCGCUGGUCCGCACAAGGGUCAAGCGGUGGCGCUCCGAUCGGCCUCAGACCUAUCCGUGUUCUACCGGUGUGGCAUCAUGGGGUACCAAGACACUCUGAUGGCUCAUGCACAGCGCCAGUUUUACCGGCAAUGCUACAUCUACGGCACUGUUGACUUCAUCUUUGGCAAUGCUGCAGUAGUGUUCCAAAAUUGUUACAUUUUUGCCAGAAGGCCUUUAGAGGGCCAAGCCAAUAUGAUCACUGCCCAAGGACGAGGUGACCCAUUCCAAAACACUGGAAUUUCGAUUCAUAAUUCUCAAAUAAGGGCCGCACCUGACCUUAGACCUGUUGCUGACAAAUACAACACUUUCUUGGGUAGGCCAUGGCAACAGUACUCUAGAGUUGUGAUCAUGAAAACCUUCAUGGACACCUUGGUGAACCCAUUGGGAUGGUCUCCAUGGGAUGAUUCUGAUUUUGCUCAAGACACACUUUAUUAUGGAGAGUACCAAAACUAUG